UAUUGAUUAAAUAAAUAUAUCGCAACAUCUGCAGGAGAGCGGUAGUGGAUUUAUUUGAAAAAUGAGUGCACCUAAGAGAAAAAGUAACUUUAGCAGGGAAGAAGAAUUAAUUAGACUGGUGAAUAAAUAUAAAGAUGUUAUUGAAUGUCGUAAAACGGAUGCAGUAACAAACUGUUCAAAAGCAAAGACAUGGAAUAUGAUUGCAAAAGAGUUUAGCAGUGGAGCAGUGACCUACAGGGAUAGUAAAACGUUGAAGAAUAAAUAUGACAAUAUCAAAAAAAGGUCAAAGAAGAAGUUCUCACAGGAGAAGUGUUCCCUGUUUGCUACAGGAGGAGGUGCCUCAAAAACAGUUCAUUUCACCGAUAUUGAUGAACAAGUCAAAGACAUUUUAGGUGUCCGAAUAGAAGGACACCCUUCAGCGUAUGAUGAUGACAUGAUUGUCUGUGACAUACCUGAGAAUGCUACAUGCAGUGACUUAAUUAUUGAGGAAUGUAAGUUUCGAAUCUAUGUUAAAUAAUGUACUUUUAUUAAUUUAAGGUGUUUCAGAUGAAAUCACUUCAGAGGAGACACAGGAAGUUCAAAACAGUGAUAAAGAAAAUCAAGAAGUGUCUCAUUUAGAAGGUCCAGAGGCCAGUAGUCAUCAGGCGGAGGAGGGGAGCAAGUUAAAUACAUCCCCUUUGUGCAAACUAAAAUCAAGUGCUCUGAGAACUCCAGAAGAUAAAGAAAAUCAAAUAGCGCAUCGUUUAGAAGGUCCAGAAUCCAGUAGACAUCAAACGAGGGACUGGAGCAAAUUAAGUACAUCCCUUUUGCGCACACCAAAAUCAAGUGCUCUGAGAACUGCAGAAGUGAAGACCGACUGCUCAAAAAAAGGGGUGCUAUUUGCACAAAAAUGGAAAAAUGGGUCGAAUCCAAAAAAUCAUUGGAAGAUUCUAAAGAAAAAUGCCUUUCGGAUGAAUUUGAAAUGAAAAAACAGCUAUUGAUGAAAGAAAACAAAAAGAAACUGGAAAUAAUGCAACUAGAGUAUGAAGAGAGAAAAAAGAGGGAAGAUGAGGUACAUAACAUUAAAAUGGAAAUGUUAAAUAUGGAAAAACAGUAUCUGUUAAAUAAAUAUAAAAUUUGAUUUUCUUAAUCUUGCC